AUGACGAUGCGGGACGAGGGUGCGGAGCGCGCUGCCUCCGAGGAGGCAGCCCUCGAGGCACACCCAGUGCAGCCCGGCCCUUCCGGUGGUUACGCGAAACUUUUCCUGAAGGCUUUUGAUCCUGAUACAGGGCAGACCACUUCAAGAGAGUAUGUUAUUCGAAAGCUGGUUGUCUCUUUGGGUCGGAGCACAGCGCCGGAUCCGGAGCGGGCGUUUGAAGCCGCAGCGGAGGGUGUCGACCUCGGAGCCGGCUUCUCGAGCAAGCUCUCGCGACGACACGCUACGAUUCAGUGGAAUGCAGAUCAGCAACGCUUCGAAGUUGUCUGCAAUGGUAAGAACGGGAUUCUAGUGGUGCACGCGGACACAUAUCGUCAGUUGCGACCGGGAGACGCGGCGGAGCCGUUAGAUUCCUACUCCACGAUCUUGCUCGGCGAUUGCCUUGUGGUGUUCGUUUUACCCAAGGCGACGCAUGUGCUGCCUGGGGUAGCGGCAGUUACAGCGGGCGUCACAGCAUCGCCGACAAGUGACCCUGCCGUGCAGCGCCUAGCUCCCAGUCGAGCCGGGCUGCAACGAGUCGGGGCUGCACGAUCAUCCAGUGCGCCUUUGGCACGCGAUUUUCAGCGGAUUCGUGUUCGAUGGAAUAAAUCGGACCAAGAGGCGCUGCUGCGAGGCCUUAUGCGAUUCGGGUAUGGUCGGUGGAAGGAGAUCCUCCAGCAUGCAGAGAGUGGGCGGCUGGACCGCAAACCGCUUGAUGAGCUGAUCAUCAUGGCCCGUCGGAUGGUGAUCAUGGCUGCUCUACAUGCGGUUGGACCGGAGAAUCGAGCGAUGCUGCGGAUUCUCGCGAGUUCUGGUGAAGGCACACGGGGCAGUGGCUCAGCGGCCGCUGCGUCCCAACAGCGUGAGCUCGAGCAGGAGGUUUCUUCAGUUGCAGCGGGACUGUCUGAUACCAAGACGGAGAGACGCAAGUACGUGCGCUGGGCACGGCGUUUCCGUCUCCUGCAUCGGAUUGAGCGCAUCGUUCAAAACGCGGCUGUGAUGCAGCGGAUCGAAGAGGGUGAUUUAGACAUAUCUGGCAAACCGCCUGCUGAUUGCUGGGGCCCGAUCGACGAUGCAGAUUUGCUCCGUGGCGUCUACAAGCUUGGAUUCGGAGACUUUCACCGCCUCUGGGAAGAGCCUACGCUGCAUUUUCGGGAGCGCUACAGAGCGCCCGUCACCGCCUCAGCGCCGCAAGUGGAAGAGGACACCCGCUCAGACGCACAGGCAGCACGGACAGGCGAACCAUUUGAGGGCUCGGAAGCGUCCUCCCGCGAGGCUGAACAUGACGAGCAGCGAAACCUAUUGCCAACUGUUGGCGAGUGUGCUUCGCCAUCCAAGAAGAGUUCUGUGGCGGCCUCAACAGCGGAGACACCGGAAGCUGACGUAUCACUCAGCAACAAUGAAGCUUCGCUCACGGAAGCAGCAUCACUCGGGGGCGGUAGCCCGGCUGACGAUUUAGGGAUCUUUGCCGUCGACAAGUCGCAGCGUCCGGAAUCGACGAGCAGAGAUGAGCGCACGCCGUUUCCGAGCUCGGUAGAACUCAUUCGCCGUCUGCGCAUUGUUGUGAACAGAGUGGCGCGUCUUAUCGAGCCUCGCAACAAAGAGGAGGCGCAACUGGCCACACCAGCCGCAUUCGCCCCUGAAUGGCCUGGCAACGAGGACGCAGUUCUCGCCCGCGACUGCACCACCAGUGUGAAGCGACUAGCGGUAUCGCGCAUCGCACGGCAACAAGCGCUCCUAACACCCAAGCCGGAUGCGCUCACGAAAAAUGAUUUAAUGAUGGACGCAGCGAGUCUGGAAUGGGCCCGGGGCCGACUCGAAAAGGCCCAACGGUUCAACCGAAGGCAAGUUAAGGAGUUUGAGCGCGCGCUUGUGAAUUACGGACUCGACUACUUGCCCACAGAGAGACCCGAUGAUCCUCAUGGCAUCGUUCAUGACUGGCUGCGCUUUGUUCGUCGCUGUCCAUUUGUUCAAUACAUGCUCCCGGAGACGCUAGAAGAGUACUAUAUUGACUUUGUCCGCGAGUGUUAUCGAGUCUUGGCCACUGACCCGGCCGAAUCACCGCAGCGGAAGAGUGCUGAACCAGCAGGCAGUGAAGACGACGACGACCACGACGACGACCACGACGAAGAACGCACUCCGAACGAGAGCGCCGCUGCGGCCCCCGAGCCGCCCUCCGCCGCCGUUGUCGCCGAGCACAGUACGCUGGCGCCUAGUGCUGACACCGUUGCGAACGCUUCCAGUUCGUCCAAUCGUUACGCAUCGGCCAGCCCCGAGGCCAGUAUUGACCCCGCCAUGUUAGAGAGAGCGCGUGACUUUCCACCAUCGACGCUCUUUCCUAAUCUGGAUCGCAAGCGCGCCCGCAAGGCGCUCGUUCGACUGCAUCUGUUUCGGGUUCUUCGGUUGUAUGUUCUCGCGUUACCGGCCAAGUCGCUUGCCGAUCUCAUACAGAGUUUGGGUUCGGUGAAACUGCCCCAGUCGUCAGCGGGCGAGUUGCCGGUCUGGUGGCGACCUGUUCACGAUCGUGCGCUUCUGUACGGCAUCGAUCGCCAUGGUCUGGGUCAGGGUGCCUUUGAACAAAUCGCACAGGAUCAUGAGCUGGGAUUCCCUCAAUCCAUAGAGUCCUACUGUGCUGCACAGACGUUCGAGGGCGCUCAGGUGUUGCGAAUGCAGCUGGGCUUUCCUCGAGUGCAUGCAGCCCUGCGUCGAGCGCGAGCUGUCAUGGACUGGAUCUGUGCUGCGUUACAGGCGCGCCCGCUGCCCACCGAGACCAGUCUGUACGAUGAUGAGGCGCGCGAUGCGGCGCUUGCACGAGCGCAACGAAUUGGCACAGAAUCCAAGUGGAUGGAGCGCCUCCUGUAUCAGUUCUUGGCAGAAAACAACGUGCCGGUAAGACUGCAGCGGACUGCACCGACUGGUCAGUCGAACGCCACGUCUGGACAAGAUGCCGCGAAUGACUCAGCGGAGGUGGCAGCUGCAACGACGACUAAGAGUGCCGCGAUCGCUUGCGCGGACGAUCAAGCAUUGCAUCGUUUAGAGCAGCCAGCGAGCAAUGUGCACGCCGACUCCUCGUCAGAGCCGAUGAGUGGAUCGGUGCAUUCGUCGGUGCAACACGUGAAAGGUCGCCCGCGUAUCUUCGAGACGCUCAGAAUUCUCGGCUUCAUCACUAGGCGAAUGCCAGGUGCGCCCGGGCAAGUGCGAGAGCUCACGCAACCCGUUGAUCUCGGCAACGGCCUGGUACUGCUCUCGCUGGGAACGUUGCCGUCGCCGUCUUCCAUGGCACUUGCACCGGCGUCAUCGGCGUCCACGGACGACAGUCUGCAACUCCUGGUUCCGUGCGGGUUCCGCUCGGUGCGCCAGCUGCAAGCAUCAGGUCACUGGUAUGAAACGCAAGUCGAUUUGGCAUCGACGAGCGACGCUGAGGCCUCCUACCUGUACCGGGUACGGCAAGUGGAGUUCGUGCCGCCUCCUGCAAUCGGUUCAAGCGCUGCCUCGGUUGCGAGCAGGGAUUGGAUUGCACCCGUAGAGGGCGGCUUUGAUGCAAUGAGCUCGAAUCUCAACACCCUGUGGAUCCGAGUACUGAACAGUACCACGGAGACCGGGCUAGCAGCGGGGACAGCCUCGUUCGUCACCCUGGUGAGCGGUGUCGAGCGCGCCGGUCUUGCAGAUCCGCUCGUGCAGCGCUACUUGCAGGCACUGGUGCCCACUGAGGAGCACGCUGACCCGCCGUCAUCGCUCCGGGAUGAUGCGUUGCCGCCGCAGCUCUCGACUACAUCCGAUUAG